AUGGGCUUGUUGACGAUUAUCAAAAAACAGAAGCUCAAGGAUAAGGAGGUGCGAGUUCUCAUGUUGGGUCUUGACAACUCAGGAAAGUCAUCCAUCCUCAACUCCUUGCUCAAGAAGUCAAUCGAUGAUAUACCCCCGACAAUGGGAUUCAACAUUGAAACACUCUUGUACCGAAACUUCACAAUGAACAUCUGGGAUAUCGGUGGGCAGUCCACCCUCAGACCGUUUUGGUUCAACUACUUUGAGAAGACUGAUUCCUUGGUGUGGGUUAUCGAUGGGACGACAUACAAACAGAGACUCUACGAGAUAGCCGAGGAGUUUCUCAACAUUCUCAAACAGGACAAUUUGAUUAUCGGAUGCAAUUUCCUCAUCAUGAUCAACAAGAUCGACCUCCUUUUUGGCGCAGAGGACAUCGAUAAAACGCGAAGGGCCAGUAAACUCCAGGAAGUGACUGAUGAGAUCAUCCACAUUCUCAAAUUGAAAGAGAUGACUAACCACAGCUGGAAGAUUAUUCCCGUUAGUGCAAAAACCGGGGAGAACGUCGACACAGCCAUUGACUGGGUGGUUGACGAGAUAAAAGAGAGGUUGUACAUCUUGUAG